AUGAUGGAUGAAGACGACUCCUUGCAUGUACUGCCGGUUCCAAUAGGGAAAAAGCGAAUACCGGCAUGUGUCCCGUUCUACGGAUUUCGAAAGCGUGCAGCUCUUGUCGACAAUCCAAGGUUAGGUGUGAUGGAGAUCGGCCAUGUGGAAGGCAUAUGUCAAAAAUUAGAUAGACGAUGUGUGUUCUUCGAGGUACCGAAAGACCCCGUAUCCGAAAGACUCGAGGGUGUCGAAUCAGAAGUCCAACAUCUACGACAACAACUAGAUGACAUCCGCACACUUCUUCUUCAAGGAAAGUCGAAUGUAGUCACCAGUCCUCAAAAUUCUAACACUUCCCGGAACAUAAGUGAUGAAGUCGAACAAAUUGUUCACGAUAGUGCCUGCAAUGCACACGCUCCAUCAUCGCAUUUUAUAUGCCAGCAAGAAGAGCAUGGCGCCAUUAUAAUGCACCCACUGGGAUCUGCAGAGUACAUCGCUGGCUCAAAUGAUCAUCCUAGAUCUGUUUCAGUCAUUUCUCCGACUGGAAUAUCAGCGGUCCCUUCAACGUAUCAGCCCUCAAGCCCAGACAGCUUCCGACCCAACAAACGCAAGCGUUCUUGUUUUGAGAUCCGAGACGAUUCCAUAACAGACUUCAUUGAAAAGGGUCUCAUCACGCCAGAAUGCGCUAUUGCAUGUUUUAAUACGUCAGUGUGCUUCUUUGAAGGUUGUGACAGAUACAUCCCAAUAUUUGACCCAGAGUACGAUACUUUUGAUUCUGUUCGAGCUCGGAGUAGCAUUUUACUCAAUGCCAUUUGUACCAUUGGCUGCAUGGUCGAAACAAGAACUAGCGGUCCCAUGCCUGACGUGCUUCAUGCCGAACUCAAGAGAUGGAUUAACGUGAUAAUUCAAAACAAAUCUCUGAACUGUCUUGAGUCGGUACAGGCAAUGCUUAUUGUAGCAUGCUAUUCCUCAGAGCGGCUUUUGAUCCUGUCGUUUGCAACACGAAUGGCAAUUGAUCUUGGGCUUCAUGAGGCGUUCGAAGAAUUGACUGAACGAUUAGCAAUCAAGAAUGAUGAAGCUUCGUCGGGUAUACCGGAUCAUGAUUUUGCGAGGGAAAGAAAUCUAAUGCAAAAGUCCAGGACUUGGUUUGGGCUUCUUGUUCUGGAGCAUAUAUUUCGUGUCGAUGGAGGGAAACCACCCGGAAUCCGAUUAGUUGGCAACUCAAGACGAAGUCGAAUCCUUCUUAGCCAUCCUUCGACUACAGUUCUUGAUUUACGCCUCUUUUCUCAGGUGGAGCUGAACAUUCUUCGAGCAACGAUAAACGAUACGCUUGGACCUGGCACAACUAUCGAUGGGCAAGGAAUUGCAGAUUUUGUGCAUGGGAUGAAGGUAGACUUGGAUAUUUGGUUUGACGAUUGGUUACGCAUUAUCGAAAGUUCUUCGCUCGCAAAAGAAGAAAAGCCCUUUUUGCUCGCUGCUCUUCGGAUCCAAAAAUGCUGGGCUGAGAUGAUGUUGAAUUGCAAAGCCCUCCGAGCUAUGGGCGUGGAAAAUGUCGCUGCGAUGUCCACAACGGAACGCAAUAUUCUCCUCAAAGCCAAAGCGAGUGCCCGACGACAUCUACGCCUCAUAAUAGUGGAACCAGAAUUCUACCUGGCGCAGAUAAAAUACGCCAUGGACUUUGUCUGGGCAAAAUGUGCUUUCUCGUUUUUACUGCUUCUCAAGCUCUCGCGACUUCUUCCCGAUCGAGAUGAAGAGCAUGAAGAAUUACUCGAGCAUGGAAACCGGCUCGUUCAUGAAUUGAGUAAGGCUGGGUCGAACACGAAUCAGUCUGGAGCUGGGAAUAUCUAUCUUCAGAUUCUGAAGGUGAGUAUCGAGAAAUAUGGUCGUGCCUUAAGAGAAUCUCAACAGCCUAGUACUGGGGGGUCAACGGCGACUUCACCUUUCUGGGAACUCUUCGAUGCACAGGCGGAUCUGCAAUGGUUUGUACCGGAGCAAUUUGUCUCGGAGUGGGACUUUCCUGGUUUGAAUUUGUUUUAUUUCCCUACUGCGUGGCAAGACUUCUUUGGAGACUUUUCACUUGCGAUGUAA